CGAAGAAGAUCCAGACCAACCGGGAGUGCCUUUGAUUUCAGAUCAAACUCUCACCGGAGAACUGCCGAACACCCAUCGGCAAAUUUGACUAUAGUGACAGUCUCGAUGAAUCUCAGAUCUGCAACUAGGUGCAGAUUCGCUGCAAUUAUAGCCGAGGUAACUGUGAGAUUAAACGAUUUCCAGACCUCGGUCAACAAUGGUCCUAUUUGGUACGUUUCCUUCCCC